AUGGCUCCUACCACAACAAAGCAAUGGAAACUACGACAGAAGCCGCACGGCAUGCCUGUGCUCGAGGGCUCAGAACAGACAUUUGAACUCACGACGACAACAUUGAACGAACCGCAGGACGGUGAAGUUCUAGUGCAGACAGUGUACUUGAGCAACGAUCCUGCACAACGCUCGUGGAUCUCACCCUCAGUCGACCCAGACAGAGCCUAUCUGCCGCCGCUCCAACCCGGAGACACUAUGCGCGCGCUCGGAAUCGGCAGCGUAAUUGAGUCCCGCGACGACAAGCUAGAAGUCGGAAGCCUUGUUGUGGGACGUAUGGGGUGGUCAGAAUAUUCCGUUCAUCCCGCUCAGAAUCUUGUCAUGCUCGACCCCCCAGAAGGCCUCAGGGAGACACACUUUCUCGGUGGCCUUGGUCUGCCUGGGUUGACGGCAUACUAUGCUCUCAAGGAGAUUGUGGAGCUCAAGAAGACUGAUACCAUAGUCGUAAGCGCGGCGGCUGGGGCUGUUGGCAGUAUGGUGGUUCAGAUUGCGAAGAAGGUGCUUGGUUGUGGAAGGGUGAGUUCCAUCUCAUAUUCUCAUGCUCCAGACGCACACGACUCUGACGCCGACUUUCUACAGCUUAUCGGCAUAGCAGGCACAGAAGAGAAAUGUCGCUGGGUUGAGUCUCUGGGAGCGGACAAGUGUUUGAACUACAAGGACUCGCAUUUUGCUGAGAAUCUGGCGGCGGAGACAGAAGACUUUGCUGAUGUAUACUUCGCCUGUGGAAUGACAUCAACCUACAAUGACGUUGUGAAUCAGACUGGCAUCAAGAAUCUGUUUGAAGUCGUGACAAUGCGUCUCAAAAUGUUAGGUUUUAUCAACAUCGACUACCUUGACCAUCAAAAGGAAGUCACAGAUUUGCUGGUGAGAGAAUGGAGUGCAGGAAAUCUUGUCCUUCGAGAUGACAAUGAGACGAUCGUAGAUACUGUAUUCGAGGACAUUCCAAAGACGUGGGCGCUGUUGUUUACAGGUGGAAAUACCGGCAAACUGCUCACACGGCUUGUUGAAGCGAACAACACUUGA